CAGCCGUCUACGUCAGCGCCGGUGGACGACACGAACCGGCGCAAGUGGGACAAGGAGGAGUACAUCCAACGCGCGCGGGAGCGCGAAGAGGAAGAAGAGGAUGAGGAGGGAGGUCAUAGACGCCGGCCAGCCCCACCAGCACUGCCACGGGCGCCAUUGAAACAGAGGGACUUUGAGGUGGACCUCUCCUCUAACCUCGGCCGCACUCAGGUCGUGCUACCGACUGCUUCUCUAAACCAGCAGGCAGGUUACUUCUGUGACGUGUGUCAGUGUGUAGUAAAGGACUCAGCCAAUUAUCUAGACCACAUCAAUGGCAAGAAGCACCAGCGGGCACUAGGCAUGUCCAUGCGAGUGGAGCGAUCGUCUUUGGAGCAAGUACAAGGCCGGUUCGCUGCUCUCAAGAAGCGGAAAGAGGAGCAAAAGCAGUUCACAGAACAAGACUUUGAGCUACGGCUGUUGAAGCAGCAGGAGGAAGAGAGGGAGAGGAAAAAGGCGAGGAAAGAGAAAAAGAAGGAGAAGAAG